AUGAAUAACUCUUCAACAACUGACAGAAAAAAAACAAUGAAUAAUAUUAUGAAUAACUUCAACAACUGACAGAACAAAACAAUGAAUAAUAUUAUGAAUAACUCUUCAACAACUGACAAAAAAACAAUGAAUAAUAUUAUGAAUAACUCUUCAACAACUAACAGAAAAAAACCAAUGAAUAAUAUUAUGAAGAACUCUUCAACAACUGACAGAAAAAAACAAUUAAUAAUAUUAUGA